AUGAGUUCAACAUUACAAAAAUUACUGGAAAAAGCGAAGAACAUUCCUACAGAUAACGUUAAAGAAGAUGUGGAGUGUUUAGGAGAUUUGCUUACACACGGAAAGAUAUAUUUUGACUUUUGUUUUUCGAGAUUUCAAUUGGUUGCUGACAAACCAGAAGCACAAACAGUUAUUCAGCGUAUCAUCGGGUCAGAAAAUGAUCCAAAUUACUAUCUACCGUUUGUUGGUCUUCUUUUGGGCAAAAUUUCUCCAUCAGAAUCUGCAAAGUUCCUAUUUAAUUUACUUACAACAGACAAAGCACCCGCAUUAUGCGGAUACAUUCUUAUUCAAACAAGUACAAAUCUAUAUAUUAAAGAAUUAUGUACUUUAUUAUUUAAUUCGAUUCCUGGUCCAUCAAAAAUAUUAAUGCGCGAUGAUUUACUCUUCAGAUACUUAGGGUUAGGCGGAAAUAUGGAUUUCGUUGUCAAUUGCCUUGAAAAAAUCCCAGCAAAUAAUUCUUACCAAUUUUACCAGGAAUUUCUCCUAUUUUUCACUUGGCUAAUUGGAAAUGGAUGCAAAUCCGAGAAACUCUUAUCAUUAGCUAUUGAUAUCGCUGUUACAAAUCCAGAUCCAUUAACUUUAAUCCAGGUUAUUCAUCAAUCGGAUUACAAUGUGCCAAAAGCAUUUGCAGAUUGGAUUGAACAAAAUCUUGAUAGCAAUGCACCAAAAUUCGAAGACAAUCGUAAGAUUUCAUUACCAAUUGACAAAUUACCACCUUUACUUCGUAUCCAGUUGAUCAAACCAGCUACAUCAGCACUCAAUACGCCAAGAUUUGUCCGCUCUGUUAAAAUUAACCACGGUUGUGCUCCAGAAGUCAUGAAACGCUUAAUUUCAGAAAAUGAUCCUAAAUUAGUUCACGAUUUAGCAAUUUCUAGUCCAAGAUUAGUAUUACUGAACCAAGAAAUCCCUAUUAAAUACACUCUUCUUGCAAUGGCUGCGAUUAAAAAUCCAAAUUUAGUAUAUUUGUUUCUUGGUGAGUUUUGCAAGCUCGAACCAGAGAAACAAUACCAAGAUUUGAUUUCUGCUGCAUGUUAUGGCCUCCAGAUAAUCUCAGAAAGAAAUGCCAGAGCUGUUUCUUUAGUUUUUCCUAAAAUUAGAUCAAUUUUAGACGCAAACAUUAAUCCUUCCAUUAAUAAAUAUCUGUUACUGGCAUUAUCCAAUGCCGUAAUCCAAGAUGGCCUCCACAGUGGCUUUAUUUGGAGAGAUUACAAAUGCAUCUUAACUCCGACGGAAACAGAGUACGAAGACCCAUUAUUAGUUCACAAUGCCAUCACUACAUUAAUAACCAGUAAGGAUCCGGACUAUUGCGAGGCCGCGGAAUACCAUUUAUUACAACUCUCCAAACAAAACAGGCCUUUGGUCGAACUCGCGAUACUCCAGAUACCACCAGAAAAAUUAUCUAAGUAUCCGCAGCUACUCAAUCUUCGUCCGAAACUUUGGGAAGCAGCAGAUCCGAAAACGGACAUGUUACAAGUCAAAGUUCUUAACGAGAUGAAGAAACCGAAGACAUUAUUCAGAAGGCUUAUGAUAGCUACAGCAAUCGGAGCUUUUCCUGAUGCUUUCCAUGACAGGAAAAAUAUUCUGAAAUUUGCCGAGGAUAUUUUCAAUGCAGGCAAGGAUAUUUAUGGUGGCAAGCUAGCGUAUAUACAAGAACCUGAACUUGAAGAACAUUUACAGUCAAAAGACGAAGAUAUAAGAUUUGCAGCCGUUUAUGCUAUUACUAUGCUCAUUGCCAAUGGAUUAUUAAUACCGUAUAGAUAUGAAAAGAAACUUAUGACAGCCACGUCCGAUCAAUCCUCUCUUGUACGUAUUAUUGCCUUAUUUGGUAUUUCUUUCUGCAGAAUUUCAACUCCAGAAGUAAAUAUCAAGAGAGUACUUAAAGACAAGAAAUAUGGCACAGAAGAUAUGAUUGGUUUAGGUUAUUGUAUCACAUCUUCAACAACUCAGCUUGUUAACUUCCUCAGAAGCGAAUACAAGCUUGUUUCAAAGAUUCCAUACUUGUGGGCCCACGUUUCUGAAGCAUGUAAGUUCCUUUUGUUUAAGGAUGAUAUUUGCGAAGGAGAUCCAAUCGGUUUAGCUCAAUACAUCCAUUUAACAAUCAAAGAUCCAGAUACAGAUCGUUUGGUCCAGCAGCUUCUCGAGCAAACAGAGAAAACUCCUGAAAUUUUUGGAGCAGCACUUUUGGGAACGAUUCCAUUCCUUCCAUUCAGCCACUGCCCACUUAUAUUGGAUGAGCGUCAGAGAAAGAUAUUUGAAGCUAUUCCAGAUGGCGAAGAUUACGAAUUAUUGAAAGCAAUUAUCAAACAUCCAAGAUUAGCCCAAAAAGAACCACAAAAAGCUGAAACAACAACUUCUACAGUGGAUAGAAUCAGAAAUCAAUAUAAGACACUUCCAUCGUCAGAAUUUAUGUCACUUUUAUCGGCACUUUCAAACCCUCAAAAAUUAGAAUUAAUUUCAGAGAAAAAAGAAUAUUCUUUAUACGUUGCCGCCAAGCUUAACAACCUUGAAGAAGCAGGAAAGCUGAUUGGCUGCAUGGACUGGGAUGAUUUCUCCCUAAAAGCAGCUUCCGCAGCGUUUAAAGACUCAAUUUUGGAAAUUUUACCUGUAAUUUUCAAUGAAACCUUGGAUAUCGAAAGAAUGUCAAUGUUCUUAGCAUUCGUUAUCUUCGAGGAAAGGAUUGGUAAAGAAAAAGCUGUAGCAAUGUUACCUUGGAUGUUAUCUCAAAUUCAUCCAUCAGAUGAUCUCGUCAAACAGUUCCAGAAUGCUAAUAUAUCAACUAAGGAUAUCGCCCAUGCUCUUAUUUUGACAAAUCCUGAAAUAUCUGAAUCGAAUUUCUUUGAACUUUUUGACAAAUAA